ACAGGGCAGCUGGCCCACUGAACACACAGCUCUGGAAACUAAGAGCUGGGUCCAGUAUUCGUGCCACUGACCCUGGUAGGUAGGCACUCCUCCCAGGAGCCAGGAACAUUGCCUUCCAGGGCUCUGUCCAGAGAGCGGAGAACAGAGGGUGCCAUGUCCUCUUCCUCACUUCCUGGAUGUCAGAUGGCAUCUGAGACCCGGCCUGAGUUCCUUAGUGUCUUGUGCUUAGAAACUUAAGCGACUGCUGUGGCCAGAAGACUGAACCCCUCUUGUGGUUCUUGGGACAUAAGGACCCCAUUCUCCCAAAGAACCUUAGAGGUGCUCUUCAUGGGCACUGUGACAGAGCCCAGGCUAGCCCCUGCGGAGUGCCCCACCCCCGCCCUGUGAUUACCUAACAAUUGUUCCCUGGCGUUGCUAUAGGUCAUAAGAACUGAGGAUGGGUUCUGUGAUGUACUGUGAUGUACGCGCUCUUGGGGAACUGCUUCAGAGUCCCCGGGUGGACAUAAACCUUCCCUAACACCAAUGAGUUCCCCCUCCCACACCCCUAAUCCAUCCCCAACCCAGUCCCCAUCCCAGUCUAGAUCUAACCACGCUGAUAAUCCAACCAACCAGCAGCCCCCGCCUAGCUCUGGAGGCUCAGCCCCCUCCCCUUCCCCCACCCGGGGGGCCUCCUCCCGCCCAACCUCUCACAACCCUACCCCGGCUGCCUCUCAGCCUUCCUCCCGAGCUUCCUCCCAGUCUCCCAGUCCCCAUGUCCAGCAUGUGCCCCGAGGGUCUACUCAGGUCCCUACCCCCCCAGCCUCCAAAUCUCCCUCCCAGACUGGGCUAAAAGCCCUCUCUCGAAACCCUUCCCUGACACCCCCGGUGACCCUUACCAGGUCCCCUUCCCAUAGCCCUGCCACCUCGGCCUCCUACAUCGGGCCCAUCCGUACCAUCCCUUCCUACAUCACCCCCUAUGUGCCGCGCUUCAUGAAAGAGCCCCCCUAUUUCCAGCCCCCUACAGCACCUCUUCCACAAAAUCGGUGCUUCCCCUGCCCCUUCCCGUGCCAGGCCCAACAAACCAGGCAGCCACCGCCGCCACCUCCUGACUCUCUCUACUUCCCCCUCCUGCCACCCCCUCCGCACAUCCCCCAGUUCCAGUGCUCCUUCCCCACACCCCCGGCCCUGUUCACACCCCCAUCCUCCCUCUCCUACACUCCACCGACGGAGGUCCUGCUGAAGGGAAAGCCACACGUGGUUCCCUCUGUGCUACCGGCCACCUUCUAUACCCCAUUCUCCCGCUUCUACUCCCAGCCCCGGCCCUACCGCUACCACAGGCGCUUAACACUACCCUCACUCUCCCUUCAAUACGAUGGUGCUGGACGCUCUGUCCACUUCUAUCGUGGGACCUAG